CAAAAAGUCUCGAGACAAAAAACCUUUGAUUCAGACAGUCAGUGGCCGCUGAGAGAUCAAACAAAGACAACCUGCCAUUAGAGAAUUCAUUGUUUUUCAGCUUGGCAACUCGGAUCAGCAGAACAUUUAGCAUUUAAGCUCCAGCUGAGAGUUCAAAGCACGAGACUCCCCAUUUAGGUUGAAGUUUUUUAUGAUCAGAUGAUACUUGAAAGAUUUCUUGGAAGCAUGCUUCUGGUUCUAAUUGGCAUGUUUGCCAAUGUGCUAGGUGCAUUUGUUGGGAUAAAUAUAGGUACUGAUGUUUCUAGCAUGCCGUCAGCUUCAGAUGUGGUUGCUGUUGUCAAAGCCCAUCAAAUUACUCACAUACGACUUUAUGAUGCUGACUCUCACAUGCUGAAAGCCCUGGCAGACAGUGGAAUUGAAGUUACUGUUGGCGUGACAAAUGAAGAAGUCCUGGGAAUUGGAGAAUCAGCAUCAGCAGCAGCAGCCUGGAUCAACAAAAAUGUAGCAUCCUAUGUGCCUUCAACCAACAUUACAGCCAUUGCUGUUGGCAGUGAGGUUCUUACCUCAAUCCCUCAUGCUGCCCCAGUUUUAGUUACUGCUAUGAAUAACCUCCACAAAGCUCUUGUGGCUUCUAAUCUAAAUUCUCUGGUUAAAGUUUCAAGCCCCCAAUCAAUGGACAUCAUCCCCAAGCCUUUCCCCCCUUCUACUGCUGCCUUUAAUUCCUCGUCAAACUCUACAAUAUACCAGCUUCUUCAGUUUUUGAAGAAUACUAACUCCUAUUACAUGUUAAAUGCUUAUCCCUAUUAUGGUUACACUAAUGGAAAUGGCAUUUUUCCAAUUGAUUAUGCUCUUUUCAAACCCCUCCCCUCUGUUAAACAAAUUGUUGACCCAAACACUCUCUUCCACUAUAACAGCAUGUUUGAUGCAAUGGUUGAUGCAACCUAUUAUUCUAUGGAUGCUCUCAAUUUUUCUGGGAUCCCUAUUGUUGUCACAGAAACAGGAUGGCCUUGGCAAGGUGGAUCCAAUGAACCUGAUGCCACUGUUCAAAAUGCUGAGACCUUUAUUAAUAAUUUGAUCCGCCGAGUUUCCAAUAAUUCAGGUCCACCUAGUCAACCAACUAUUCCCAUCAAUACAUACAUUUAUGAAUUGUUUAAUGAAGACAAGAGAACUGGGCCUGUCUCUGAGCAAAACUGGGGGGUGCUUUUUACAAAUGGCACUGCUGUUUUUCCUCUGAGUUUGAGUGGUUCUAGUCAGAUUACAGGAAAUUCUACUACAGUUUUCUGUGUGGCAAAAGACGAUGCUACUGAAGAUAAGUUGCAAGAUGGGCUUAACUGGGCAUGUGGGCAAGGCCAGGCCAAUUGCAGUGCUAUACAAUCAGGGCAGGUAUGCUAUCUGCCAAAUAACCUCAAGAACCACGCAUCUUAUGCUUACAAUGAUUAUUAUCAAAAAAUGCAUAGUGUUGGUGGGACAUGUGAUUUUGAUGGGACAGCCACAACUACUACUAAUAAUCCAAGUUAUGGGUCCUGUAUAUUUACCGGAAGUUCUAAUUCAAGCACGGGUGGAGGGAUUUCGCCUCCUGUAGCAUUUGGUCCUAUAAGUCCUUUGGGAGAGAGUGCGAAGCUUCCUGUGUCCAAGGCUCAAUUGCUAAUCGCAGCAGCUUGUCUUGUCGUGGUGUUGCUAUAACAUUGGAUUUACACCUUGUUGGCGGGAUCAAAGUGGUGCCGAAGAUCACAAUGAGAAGAAGAAAUCCACAAAGCUCAAUGAUAAGUUAUGGUUGUUUUAAUCUUAAUUCAUGGUGGUAUUCACUUGUCCAUCAUUACCAAUUUUGCUUAAGUUUAAGUUGGUUGAUCCUAUUGUUUCAGUUAUCGGGUGCCUUCUGGGGUUCAUUGCAUUUGUAUGAUCUUUGAAGUGGUAGCAGUAGCCAUUCUAGCCUUGAUUUAUUUGGGACUUAAGUAAACUUGGAUUUGUUAGUUGACAUUCACAAUCUAAAUGCAAUUCUGUCUAAUCCUAUUUCGCCUGUU